CUGUACUGAGCGCCUGGGAAAGUACAUUCGGGCAAUCCCUGCCCACGACGAGCUCCCCCGGAGAGCCACCGCCUCCACGAUGCCCUCCAGGUUCAGCCGGCGGCAGCUGUCCGAGAUCGGACGGCUCUUCUUUAGUUUCCUGGCCGAAAAUGAGGGGGCCGGAGAGACUGACCGCGAGAGGCUGCGGAUACUCUACAACCAGAACUUCAAACCCAGCCAAGACACCCCUGUGCCCACCUUCUCUUCCAUGCUAUAUGGCCUGAGAACCAGCAACCAGGCCAGAGUGACCAAGGAGAAUGUCAUUUUCCGCAAGAAAAAAAACAAAAUAAAGUUGCCCCCAAGGCCUGCUGCUGAAAAUAGGCCACUGGGAAUUGAACGGCCAGGAGGCAAAAAAGCAGUUUCCCUGCUGAAGCAGAUCUUCGAGAACAGGCAUGAGCUGAUCAAACCAAAGUAUGGGGUGGAUGUGGAGUUGCUGGAGAAGAAAACAGUUGAGGUCUGCGAUGGACGACUUUACAUCCGCAUCCAACUACACCAGGAGGAGAAAUUGACCCUGCAGCUGCAGAACAGAGGGACCCAACCAGUCAGCCUCACCCGACUCUUCGUAUUUUCCUGUGGCUCCCAGAUCAGCUUCCAGAUCCUGGAUGACAAUAAGCCGCUACCCCUCGUGCUCCAUCCCAAUGACUCCCACAGGCUCCAGGUCCACUGCCAGACUGACCACAUGGGACAUUUCCCAGCGACGGUGCUGUGGAAGUUAGCGGGGCCUGGGGCUGAGUUCUCCAUCGCCCGCUUCCUGGCAUUGAAGGCUCAGAGCCCACUGACUCAACAGCUGGGGCCCACGUCCCCCUAUAGACCCUGUCAGCUCCUACCAGAUCCCCCAAGAAAUGCCAGAGUGGAGGAGGGGGAGAAACCAAACAGCACAGUGGAGAACCAUCUGGAGCGGACUCUGAGUCUGGGGCAGUAUGACUGCUCCCAUCUCAAGCACCUGGUCCCUGCACUGUUGAAAUCAGACUCCAGCACUGACAACCCUGAACUUCUUCGGAUCAGGUCACAACUCAAUGCUCCACUGAGCUGGGGCAAUUAUGGGAAGUUAAAGUUGCUGCUGCAGCUGGAGGAACUGCGGAGGCAGAGGGACAUUAAACAAUACCAUCUCAAGGACACAACUAUGUCGACUGAACCCCAGCCUUCCGGUUGGCCCUACCUCCUCACUCUUAAGGUCCCUGGGUUGGCCGAGAACCGCCCAUCGGUGCUGCGUGGAGACAAAGUGCUCGUCACGCUCAGCCGAAUGCGGGAAAAUCCAGAGACUGUAUACAAGGGCUAUGUGCACAAGGUGGAGCUGGACCAGGUCAAGCUGAGUUUCCACCAAAGCCUCCUGAAGUACGUUGUGGACAGGCUCACCUUUGACGUGGAUUUCACCUUAAACCGGCUGCUCCUGCGCAUCCAGUAUCGUGCCAUGGAGCUGGCCCGUAAAGAGUCGUUGAAGCCAUUGCUGUUCCCUGACGCCCCCCGCAGGGUCCCUCUGAUCUCUGAAGACCUGAAGCUCACGCUGUUCAAUCGAUGUCUGGAGUCCAACCCACAGCAGGCUCAGGCCAUUCGUAAUAUCAUCCUGGGCACCUCCCGCCCGGCUCCCUAUCUCAUCUUCGGACCCCCAGGCACCGGAAAGACCGUCACCCUGGUAGAAGCUAUCAAGCAGGUGGUGAAGCUUAUGCCAGAUGCCCACAUCCUGGCCUGUGCUCCAACCAACUGGGCAGCCAACCUGCUGUGCCAGCGGCUCCUGCCCCAUCUGUCCAGGAAGGUCUACCGCCUCGUGGCAGAAAGCCAUGACUUUCGCUUUUUGCCUGAAGACAUCAAGGACCACUGUAACUGGGACAAGAACCGUAAGGGCUACAUAUACCCGUCCAAGAAGACGUUGCAGGAAUAUCGGGUUCUUAUCACCACGCUGUUCACUGCAGGCCGGCUGGCGUCGGCUGAGUUCCCCCGUGGUCACUUCUCUCACAUAUUCAUCGAUGAAGCGGGUCAGGCCUCGGAGCCUGAGAGUCUCAUAGCUGUGGCAGGGUUACUGGAUGUUGAAGAUUCAGAUAACCCGGGAGGUCAGCUGGUCCUGGCUGGAGAUCCUAAGCAGCUGGGUCCAGUGUUGCAUUCCCCACUAGCCCGGAACCACGGUCUGGGCAUGUCCUUGCUGGAGCGACUUAUGGAGAAGGCACCGCAGUACAAGCGGGGACCAGAAGGCUACGACCCCACUCUCAUAACCAAGCUCCUGUGUAAUUACAGGUCCCAUCCAUCCAUCCUGGAAAUCCCCAACCGCCUCUUCUACCAGGGGGAGCUGCUGCCCUACGCUGACCUUAUGGAUCGGGAGCGCUUCUGCCACUGGGAAGGGCUGCCCCGCCAGGGGUUCCCGAUCGUGUUCCAUGGAGUACUGGGAGAGGAAACGCGAGAAGCCAACAGCCCAUCCUUCUUCAAUGCCGAGGAGGCCAGCACGGUUGUGGAGUACUUGCAUGAGCUCCUGUGCUCCCAGCCCAAAAAGGGACAGGCCCGCUUGUCCCCCCAACAUGUGGGGGUAAUCUCCCCUUGCAGAAAACAGGUACAGAAAAUUUGUCACUGCCUCACUGUAGUGGACAAGAAACUGCAAAGCCUGAAUAACAUCAAAGAUCUGAAGGUGGGCUCAGUAGAGGAGUUCCAAGGCCAGGAACGUUCUGUGAUCAUCAUCUCCACUGUGCGCAGCAGCCAGAACUUUGUCCCGCUGGCCAAGGACUUCAACCUGGGCUUCCUGAGCGACCCCAAGAGGUUCAAUGUAGCUGUGACUCGAGCCAAGGCCCUGCUCAUAGUGGUGGGGAACCCCAUUCUCCUGUCCCAGGACCGCCAGUGGAAGACGUUCUUACAGUUCUGUAAAGAGAAUGGGGGGUACAAAGGCUGCCCCUUCCCUUCGGACGAAGAGCCAGGCUCAUUUCAGCAGCUGACUGAACUGGGCCGCAGUUCUCCCACUGAAGAUAACCCCCCCGCCAAGGAGAGCAUUGCACUGCUGCAGGAGGAGCUAGCCUGGAGGCGUGAGAUGUGAUUGCCCAGCCCCUGGAGUCUGAGCCACCCACCCCCCCCAACCCUCUAUCUGCCCAGUUAGUCAGGGGGAGUAUUCAUGCAGUUCUAGGUCCAGCUCCUUGGGAAGAGCACGACCUUGGGAGAACUUGGAAGCAACGAGACUCUACUGUUGAAAAUAAAAGUUUA